AACUAUUUGUCAUCCAUCCAUGUCCAUCCGUUCAUUGUGUACCUACCUACUUUAUCAAUUCGAUCUAAUUUGCUUGUUCUAAUCGUUACAUUGAUGUAAUAGUCGCCCAGUGAUAACUAAACUCCAAAAUGGUGAAUCCUAGUGACCUCAGAGCUGCUUUUGAAGCAAAAUUGAAGGAGGGAAUACCGAAUCCUCCCGGGGAGUUUCACCCUUUGGACUUGGAACGUAUAAAAGAUGAUAAAUACCUGAACAGGAUAUUGGUACAGCAAGAGAAUGACCUCAAAAUGUCAGUCGAUAUGUUGUGGAACAUCCUGGUUUGGAGAAAAACAGUCAACGCCAACGAAUUGAACGAAAGUUCGAUCAGAAUGGACUAUGUUAAAGAGGGAUUGCUCUUUCCACAUGGGAGAGACAUUGAUGGGUGUCUACUGUUGAUAAUUAAGCUGAAAAUGCACGUCAAAGGUCAGAAAGACUAUGAUGAGAUCAAAAAAGUGCUAAUUUAUUGGCUUGAUAGGAUAGAAAGAGAAGAAAAUGGGAAAAAAGUGACCUUGUUUUUUGAUAUGGAUGGUUGUGGACUCAGUAAUAUGGAUAUGGAGUUAAUAAAAUACAUGAUCAGCCUUUUCAAGCUUUACUAUCCUUUGUUCCUAAAUUAUAUCGUCGUUUUCCAAAUGCCGUGGGUCUUGAACGCUGCGUUUAAAAUUGUGAAGUCUUUGCUGCCUCCGAAGGCUGUAGAAAUCAUGAAAUUCUGUAAUAAAGACACUUUGAAGGAUAUUGUGCCGCCUGAACAAGCGUUAGUCAGUUGGGGCGGUAAAGAUAAUUAUACGUUUGAGUUCGUCUCUGAGAAUCGGUCAGGGUCUGAGCAUACACCGAAGAAAGUCACCUUUGCCGAGCAAGGGGACAGUCAGCAUUCUCUCGGAGAAAUGCUGAGGCUCUCUCCGAACGAUACAAUUUUAUUCAAGAGUGACAACGAAGAGAUGUCAGGCCAGUUCGUAAUCACCAAUAUGGAUGAGAGUGCUAUAUCAUUCAAAAUCAGAACAACGUCCCCUGAAAAGUUCCGUGUACGACCCAGUUCUGGUACAUUGCCUAGCGGUGCAUCCCAAACUGUAUUAAUCGUUGUACAACCUGGCUUCCAUCUACGUACAGUAACUAAAGACAGAUUCCUAGUAAUGUCAGUACAGAUACCCAAAACUGAUCUCUCACCAAAGGAACUAAGCGACGUGUGGCAAAACUCGACUGGUAGCAAGGUAGAUGAGUACCGUCUCAAAUGUCAGUUCCCUGAGAAAGAAUUUGCUAAAAAUGGCAAUAUCAGCGAUGGAAAAAUGCACGAAAAGCAAGAUUCAGUGACGAACGCACUGAACAACUUGCAGCAAAACUACGAAAUACUCCAUCGUGAUAUGAGGAAGUUGAAGACGAUGCAAUUUUUGACCUUAUUCAUGACCGUAGCAGCGCUCAUUUUGGGUUACCUCGUCUACAAGAAUACAAGUGAGAAUGGUAGAUAUUGCGAGCGAAUCUAGCCUUUAAGUUUUGUGGUUUUCGAAACCACUUUCGACGUUGAAGUGUUGUGGAACGGUGUGUUGUUUAGCGUACUCACUGUUAACACGGUAAUGUUCGUAAUAUACUGUCAAUUACUGCGUAAAGUGGAAGUCUUGCACAUAAUUCAGUAGUGGGUUUAGACGUAUUCAAGUUAGGUGGUAUUAUGUUUGUGUUUAGCAUCACAUUAUUUCCUUUUUGUACUAUUUAUACGAUAGAUUAUAGGGCUAUCGCUUAAUACAGUUGGUGCCUGAGGGUGAUUUUGUGACGGUCAAACGUCAGCGAGUCUUCAGAUUUGAAUGAUUUGUCACGUCAUAAAUAUCAAUGUCACCUCUUCUGUGUCGGUCCCAUACCUCAGGUACUAACUGAGUCAAGCCCUAUACCUUUAUAUGAACCAUGUCAUAGGUUAGAAAUACUACAACAGCCUUUUUAUAUGUAUUAUAGGAUAUACAAUAAUCAUUGUGAGGGAAAAAUAGUUAGGCACUACUCUUAUGUACAAAAUAUUAUCAUGUAUAAAGCUUAUUAAUAUACUAUGUGAUUAAAAUUUACUAUAAAACAUUCCAUGUAAUGCAUGAUAUUUAAAAGAAUAAUGUAUAAACAUUAAAUUAACAAAUGAAAUUAAAGAUAGCUAAUAUAUUUCGGCUUUAUCGUUAGAUCUUUCUGGAAAAGAUGUAAAUUGUUAUUUAUAUUGUUGAAAAUAAAGUUACAGAUGCUUUUAAUAUAAUUUAUUAAGUUGUCUCUCUAUUUUAUGUAUUUAUACCUAAGAUUAUAUUGAAUGUCAAGAUAGCAGACUACGAUUUUGUUUAAAAAACUUAAAAACUAAAAAAUUGGGGCAUCACUAUGUUCUUAAGAAGGAAUUAGAAUUCAUUGUCAUCAUCAUUUCAGCCACAGGACGUCCACUGCUAAACAGGACUCCCCCAAUGAUUUCCAUGGCCAGUUGGUAGCGGCCUGCUUCCAGCGUCUUCCUGCCUCAGACAAGUGGCAAAACAUAACGCUUGUAAUUUUAAAAUCCCUUCACGAUCACGAAGCGAAAUAACUACAAACUACGUACGAUACACCCACAAGGUGGACCGACGAACUUAUAAAGGUAGCCGGAAGGCGCUGGAUGCAGGCCGCCACCAACCGGCCACUGUGGAAAUCAUCGGGGGAGGCCUAUGUUCAGCAGUGGACGUCCUAUGGCUGAAAUGAUGAUGAUGACGUAGGAACCUUCAAGGAUCAGCUCUUUACAAUGUACGAAAUAGCACAAGUUCAAAAGCACUAUAUUUUAUUUAAUUUACAUGCGAAUCCAUUUUGAUAAUCAUGAUCAUCAAAUAAAAAAUAGUAGUGUACUUAUUCCUAAGAA